AUGAAUAAAUCCACAAAUUCGUUAGUAACCAGAUUUGAAUAUAAGUAUUUAUUUUAUGCCUUAUCAUUUGUAUCCAUAAAUUUAGGAAUAUGUAAUGAGUAUAUUAAGAAAAAAAAAUUAGCAUUCCAAGAAAAGGCUCCGCCUCAAAUAUACUUUUAUUUAUCAAAUUAUAACUUUGAAUAUAUUGAUAGAGGAAAAUAUAAUGAUAAAAUUGAAAAAAUAUGUAAUAAUUUUAAUGUGCCGAUAAGUUAUAUUUAUAAAGGGGCAAACAAUUAUUUUCCAAUAGAUUAUCAUUUACAAUAUUUAAACAAUAUUUUUGAAAAAUCUAAAAAAAAAUUAAAAAAUGUUUUGGAAAAAGAAAAUGAAUUUGAUAAAAUUGUCGACAAACUUGUUGACGAAAUUGUAAAUCAUUUUAAUGAGCAUGGAUAUGAGACAACAAGUUUGAGAAAUUCAAGCAAUUCCCCAAAAUUGAGAAGAAAUAGUCAAUUUAAUGAAUGGGAAAAAAAGGACGACUUUUUAAAAAAUUUAAAUUUUGAGCAUCUAAAGGAAUUUAUGUUAAAACGAAAAAAAAUAAUAGAGACGAAAAAAAAAGAUGAUAUAUUUAACAGUUUUAUUGAUGAGUUAUAUGCAUACUGUUAUUUAUAUUUACUAAUUAAUUAUAAACGAAAUAAUUUUUUUGAUUUUAUAAAAAUUAAAAGGUCUUAUAGACAUUGUAGUGAAAACACUUCAAAAGACAUUGGGAUCGAAAUAAAUAAUUAUCUUGGAAUAGGUAAUGAAAACAAUAGAAAAAAUGAACAAAAUAAUAGUUCUAGGUUUUUAAAUGAAAAUUCAAAUUAUAUUAAUCAAGUUUCUUAUGUGUUAAAUAUUGAUACAAUAAAUGAAAUUAAAAAAAGUUUAGAAAAAUAUGGAGUAGUUGUAUUAAAAAAUUUUUUACCAAAAGAAAGUGUAAACAAAAUAAAAAAAGAAUUAUUUUUGGAUUCAAAAAAUAAUGUAAAUGUUUCCCCACUAUUAAUGGAUAAAGAUGCAAAUGUAUUUUGUAUUAGACCAACAAGAGGACGUCAAUAUUGUAUAAUACGAAAUAGUAAAAUAAGUGAUAUGUUUGUUAAUAUACAGCAAUAUUGGUUAAAUAUUGUUUAUUCAUAUUUACCAGUAGGAAUGUAUGAAAAUAUUUUUAGCAUGUUUGAUAAAAAUAUUAUAUUAAAUAAUACAGAAUUAAAUAAAUUAAAUAUAAAAAGUGAAUAUAAUGAUAAAUUAUUUAUAUCAGAAUUGCAAUUACUAAAUAAUGAACCUCUAAGUGAGAUACAAUCUUAUCAUGUCGAUAAUGGAAUAAAUGGAUUAAGUAUUAUUAUGCCUUUAAAUAAAAUAAAUGAAGAAUCUGGAAAUUUUGAAUUUUUUUUAGGAAGUCAUUUAUUUUCUUAUUUAAAAGAAAAUGUUAAUUUAACAACAUAUAAUAAUGGAUAUAGAAAUAGUCGAAUUAAAAAGGCUAUUUAUAAUUUUAAACGUUUUAUGAACAUAUAUUAUCAAACAGGAUCAGCAUUUAUACCUAAAGUUCAAGAAACUGAUUUAAUUAUUUAUGAUUCUAGAAUUAUACAUAGAGGGAUGUCUAACAAUUUGUGGCUUAAAAAUUCAUCUCUAAUAUAUCGAUAUGACUAUAAAAAAUACCCCCCCCCAGGACAAGAUUUUAUUGAUAUUAUAUCUUAUAGCUUUAUUGGAAAAUGUAUUUCUUUCUUUAAUACACUAGGCCGAUAUAUAUAA